AUGGGUCUUGCAAGUAGUACAAGGGUAUCAACUGGAGUUGUUAUCAACCCCAGUUCAGCAGAGUUUGCAUCCUCCCAGAGUAUCUCUAAGUCAUCAAGCAGUUCUGAAUCAGGAAGUGCAGGCCUUGCUAGACAAGAGGGCUGUUCAUCAGGUUCAGAACAACGACUCAACAGGUUUCACAAGUUCUUUGUUUGUCGUUCCCAAAAAAGAUGGAGGGAACCGCCCGGUAGUGAACUUGAAACCCUUAAACCAAUUUUUAGUGUACGAACACUUCAAGAUGGAGGGGAUUCACAUGUUAAGAGACCUCCUAGGGGAAGGGGAUUAUCUAGUAAAGAUAGACCUCAAAGAUGCUUACUUGACAGUUCCAAUUUGGAAAGGUCACCAGAAAUACUUGCGCUUUCUAUGGAAAGAUACAAUGCUCGAGUUUGCAUGCCUUCCCUUUGGACUGGCCACAGCUCCCAGGGUCUUCACAAAAUUGAUGAAACCUGUGGUGGCCAUGUUGAGACAGAGGGGGGUGCACCUAAUUAUUUAUUUAGACGACAUUUUGAUUAUGGCGGAGUCAGAAGAUCUAGUGCUCCACCAAGCUGCUUCGACCCUGAAUCUCCUAGAAUGUCUGAGGUUUGUACCAAGCCAACAGAUAGAAUUUUUAGGUUUUCUUAUAGAUUCCGUAACUAUGUCGCUCCAAUUACCAGGCGAGAAGUUACAAAAAAUCAGAAGCAGUGUCGGCAAGUACUAAACCUAGAGCAGAUCUCACUUUGCGAAUUAUCAAAAUUCUUGGGCCUGUUAACCUCUUCUAUCCAGGCGGUAUUUCCAGCCCCCCUUCACUACAGGCACCUUCAGGUUUGAGCACCCUGAAUUCAUACGAAGCAUUAGUCAUGCUCAAUCCUCAAGCAAAGGAGGAAAUUGUUUGGUGGAGAGACCACCUUCAGAGUUGGAAUGGCCGGGCACUGUUUCACAAGCCAGUGGACUUAAUUAUCGAAACAGAUGCGUCCCGAAAAGGUUGGGGGGCAUAUUGCGAAGGGGUAAGUACGGGAGGCCCUUGGUGUGCAGAAGAAAAAAGGCUUCACAUAAAUUGCCUAGAGCUUCUUGCAGGGUCCUUUGCCAUCAAAACAUUUUGUAAAACCAAAGUGGUAGCACAUGUCAAACUGCUGAUGGACAACACAUCAGCAGUGGCAUACAUCAACAAAAUGGGAGGGACCCAUUCCCAAUCAUUAGCCAAUUUGGCAAUAGAUUUAUGGACAUGGUGUCUCGAGAACGAGAUUCAGAUGUCAGCAGAACAUCUUCCAGGGGUUCUGAAUGUAAGAGCAGACAGGGAAUCCAGGGCAGUGAUAGAUCCCAGCGACUGGAAAUUGAAUCCAACCCUGUUCCAGGCACUUUCACAGAAAUGGGGGCCUUGGAGGUAGAUCUGUUUGUGUCUCGACUGACAUGCCAAUUACCACAGUUUGUGAGCUGGAAACCAGACCCAUGGGCCAUUCAAACCGAUUCCUUUUUAAUGAAUUGGGGGAGAAUCAAAGGGUAUGCAAUUCCCCCAUUUGCCUUAAUCGGUCGAUGCCUGCGCCAGGUAAUGUCCCAGAGGGUAGAACAGUUAGUUCUAGUGGCUCCUGUAUGGCCAGCACAGCCCUGGUACCCAGUACUAUUGCAAUUAGCAGUAGACCUGCCUUUCCUAUUUCCGACGUUUCCAGAGCUUUUAAUGAAAGACAAUCGGACUCAUCAUCUGACCAGUCUUCAACUAGGUGGGUGGCUGGUGUCAGCCAACGCUAUCAGGCAGCAGGUAUUUCAGGGGAAACUCGAGACAUUUUAUUGGCGGCAUGGCGAAGAAACACCUCAAGUUCAUACUCUUCUGCCUAGAACAAAUGGGUUAGCUGGUGUUGUCAACGACAAAUUAAUCCCCUUUCAGUUCCAGUGAGUUCUGUUCUGGAGUUUUUAAAAGACCAGUUUCACGAGGGGAAAGCAUACAGGACUCUGAAUGUUUACGUUCAGCUUUAUCUUCCAUAUUGCCGGAAGUAGACGUGAACCGAGUUGGUUCACACCCUUUAGUUACUCAAUUGUUAAAAGGGAUUUUUCAGUUACGCCCUCCUGAACCCAAGUAUUCUUUUACUUGGAAUGUGUCUGAAAUUUUGAAAUUUAUUAAGUCAUUGGGUAAGAAUGAGGAAUUAGAUCUGAAACUUCUAUCAUUUAAGUUAGUUAUGCUUCUUGGUCUGACUGCACCAGAUCGAUCUUCUGAUUUGGCAAAAAGAGAUUUGAGGUAUCGUACCUUUCGACCAGAAGGAGUAUCUUUUAUUCUGCCUGGUCUGUCUAAGACAUCAAGACCAGGAGAUACUCCUAAAGUUAGUUUUCAUUCUGCAUUUCCGGAUGACUUUGAUUUAUGUCCCGUGGAGUGUCUUAAGUUUUAUGAG